AGUGUUAGCAACGCGGACAUCAGCCCCCACAUUUAUUCGGACUUUGGUUCACUCAAAUUAGUGAUCAGCUGCAAUGAUCUGUAACGGCCGACGUCGAGUUGUUUGAUCACAGACAGACACGGACUCUUUCACUGGCAUUAGUGCAUUCUACGUAUUAGUUAAUUUGCGGACAACCCUUUUUGUGGAUACCAGAUAGACGAAGUUGAACUUAUUUCAGUAGCCGACUAACCUAUAUACUUUAGUUAAGUUGAAGUUAUUAGGCAAGCUUAAAUCGUUGUUUUUGACACCGGGACGAAAAAUCUAAUUUAUAUCCACUCUCUUGUUUUCCUUUGUGUUGAACGGUGGGCGUGCUCUUUCUCGCUAGUUUCUGCCAGGAAGUUACAAUCCUCUGCGCCAUUUUCAGGACACGGUUCUGCGCCAUCUCAAAUCAAACUUCUGGACUGUUUCUGUCAACACAGCACAGCAGCUCACCCAUUGCUCGAAUCGACCACAGAGCAUAACAGAAGAAAACGACGAAAACUGAUUUACACUGCGGAGACAACGUCGAAUAACACUUGGACUGACGACCAUUUUUACUUGGUGAAAAUACUGUUAGCUAGCUAAAGACAGCGAUAGCUAGCCACCCUCUUACCUGUUUGAGUAGCAGUGUUCAGUGCUUACAAAUUUACUUUAGCUAACAAUUAAGUUGGCUACUUAACUUAGUAUUGAAUAUCAAAUUGAGUCAAUUGUUUAUGUAUCCUCCUUUGCCACUCGUUGGUGAAUUCAAAGACAUGAUUGGCGAAUCUCUCUGUCAUCACAUUGAAUCAAGCAUCGACAACGUCGAAAACAACAGACCUUCAACCAACCUAAACAAAUCACGGCAAGCCCUUUUUAAGAAAGGAAGCCGCAGAGCGAGGUCAUCAGCAUCCGAUGUGCAGAACAAAAACCACCAAACCCUGCACCAGCAUCAGAAACAUUCAGGUUUGCUGAGAAGUAAUCAGGUGCGGUUAGCAGACAUCAACAACAACCACACCACUAUCAAGACCAGCUCAAAAUCCCCAAUCCAGACAAAUCUAACUCUCGAGUUUUCAACAACCAGGACUCCAGGGAGUGUGGUAACACAUUUCAAACCAGGGACUAAAAAAGAGCUCCUAAAAUCAAAAGCAGGGAAGCUCGAGCGAGCGAGCCAGCCAAGUGGGCCUUCGGUUCACAGCUUCAAUAAAAACGAGCAGACUGCACAGAAUUUGAAUGUACGGAGUCAGAGGAGCAGAUACAGCAAUGUGCGAAGCAGCGCUCCGUCUUCAAAGAAGUGUGAGAACAGCUCGCACCGGAAUUCUUCGUCACCCGUCCAGUUCAGUCGCAAAGACGGGAAAAAGCCUUUGCACCAAGCGCAGAGUGUCAAGAUUGUGAAUGUAUACUCAGCUGAGCCUACACAAGAAGACAACCUCAAGGAUGGGGAAAAAACCUAUGCAGGAGCAAAGUUCAGUGAACCCCCCUCCCCAAGUGUGCUUCCCAAACCACCCAGCCACUGGGUCGGUGAGAAAACCCCCCAAAAUUCUGACAACAGCCGGGAGCAAAUGACCGUUCAUUUGAAAACUCUGCUGAAAGUUCAAGCAAAACCAUGACCCCCUCACUUCAGAAAUCAAGAAUUUUGAACUCAAAUUGUUACCCAAAUACCUUACAAGCACUGCAGACAAUUUGGUAGCACACAAUUGGACUUUGAAAGAACACUGGAAACUGAUGUUGUUGCAACAGGAAGUCUUUGAGUUUUGACUGUAAUGAAAUAUGUCUUGCAAUUGUGUGAAAAAAGCGGCCUUGUGUUAAACGAAUUUUUAAAUGAACUUGUGUAAAUGUAAAUAUUUGUAUUACAUGUAAUAUAUGUGUAUAUUUUUUCAUGUUUAUUUUAACAGAAGUAAAAUAUAGUUUUGUUACUGAAGCUUACACGGAGGUAUAUCGGGAUCACGUGUUCUCUAAAGUGUUCCAUUGAUAGGCUGCAGUACCCAUUUGGAAUACAUUGCAUGUAAGAGGGUUCGCUUAUGAAAUUUGCACAAGACUGAAAACCAACACGGGUCCCUUAAGUAGAGGGAAAUGGAGAAUCUGCGUGGCACUGAAAGGUUCUGUGAACCUCAAAGCAGCGUUGCAUAGCUGCUGUGCUGAAGUGCACUAAUCUAAGGAGCCCUCGUUGUUCCAGACUGUCUCGGCAGGACCCAGAGUUAGACGACAGAGCGACGGAUCGGAAGUCUCUUAAGUUCAAGGAUUCACUCACGUAUGUGGAACUGUGGCUACAGAACAGACAAAAUGAACUCAAUUCCAAAAGGACCCCCCCCCCCUUUGAGCACUGAUAUUUCAUUUCCGAUCAAUGACAAAGAGACCUGUUUGUUUCAUUCUUUUUUUAUCAUUAUUAUUUUGUUGCAUUUGCUACUUUGCCACAGAUUUGACAGUUUGGGAAUCCUUUACACUAAGACUGAUGUUUACUAUGAGGUUUGUGAUGGGUUUAAUGUUUCAAGGACAGUCGAAGGACAUUUGUUACGUAGAGAGCUAGGCAGCUACCAGCUUCAUGUUAUUUCCUUUGACUAUGUUUUCACACAUUUGUAGACAUUAUUACAUUACCAAAAUUCAACACUUUUGUUGCAACAAUAAUUGUUUUAAACUUUGUGUCCAGUCUUAAAAAGAAAAAAAAGAAUCAGUCCCAUUUGACAAUUGGACAAGAAAACGUUACAGACGUUUUUAUCUAAACUAUGAAAAUAAAGAAAUUGGCAACCCCCCA